UAAACAAAUCGAAAAAGUGAAAACAUAACUGUUAAAAUAUAGCUAGACUUGCAACUUAUAUUGUUUCAUAGGGUUACACGUCUUACGUCUGCUGUCGGGUUAUAGUUAAAUUUCGUUUUGUUACUGUUUUAAUUUAUUUGUAUUAUUUAAUUUAAUUUUUUUAGUUUUUCAAAAAACAUGGGUAAAAAGGAAAAAUCCGAAGAAAGCCUUUUCACUAAAGAAGAAGAACAAUUGCUCUCUGAUUUCAGUAGAAAUGUUUCUGCAAAGUCUGCAGCUUUGUUCUACGGAAGUGCAUUUAUGGUUUCAGCACUCCCAAUUUGGCUUUACUGGAGAAUACAUAUGAUUGAAAUGAUGCCAGCUCUUGUUUGGUUUAUUCUUGUAACUUUAGGCAGUACCUAUCUUAUUGCGUUUGCUUAUAAAAAUACCAAGUUUAUUUUGAAACACAAAAUUGCUAUUAAAAGAGAAGAAGCUGUAACCCGAGAAAUUACUUUAAAGUAUGCUGAAGAUAAAAAAAUUAGCAAAAAAGAAAAAGAUGAAAAAGCACUAUUUCAGAAAAAUGAUGUUGCUGACUAUGAAGCAACAGCAUUUUCAAUAUUUUACAACAAUGCAUUGUUUUUGGUCAUAGUUGUUUUAUUAAGUUUUUAUCUGUUGAGAGGCUUCUCAACCACAGCAAAUUAUGUAUUUUCUGUUGGUAUUGCUAGUGGGCUUAUUGCAUUAUUUUCCACUGGUACCCAGUGAUCUAAUUCCACUUACACUACAUCAAAAAAUACUGCAGUUAAUCGGAAUUAACUUUUCAUGGAAGAAAAUAAAUUAUUGUGCUUCAUAAGAUUUUUGUUUAAAAUAUAUAAGUUACUAAUGAAUUAUUGUUCUUGUAAAAAAAAAAAAAACAAAUUUUGUGCAUUAUAUAAAUGUUAAUAAGAAUUAAAUUAAUGUUUAUAUUUAUGUAUAUAAAUACCAUGAUAUUUUACCAAUUAUAAACAAUUGUCGAAUUAGAGUGUUGCAUUAAUAGUACACACACUGUGAAGAAAUGUAAGCAUUAUUAUUAAUUAUUGCUGUUAAAAGCAUUUUUGUUGUAAUAUUGUUGUAUAAUAAUAGUUAAUUUGAAAUAUUAAUGAGAUAAUAAAUUUCCCUUUAAAGUCAUAGUGUUAAUAUAAGCUUAAGUAUGUAAUAAUAAAUUUUUUUAACUAUAUUA